CACACCAAGAACACCAAUCAAUAACGGACAUAAGCAUGUUGCAGAAGCAGGAUGUGCUUCUAACCCCCAGUAGCAGCUGGGCAUUUGAGACACCGGUAGUAAACAGGAAAGACUGUAGCAACAGUCUGCUGCAGACAGAACAGGAUACAGAUCAAAUAGACCAGUGGCUGGUUUCCUGCACUCAUCUAUCGCCAAACACAUCAAUGAAUACUCUUACCACAGUGGAGGGUGGGGACUUCCCUAGCACUUGGGAGGAGCUGGGAGAUAAUACGUCGUACCAUGACCUUCUUGACGACAGCGGUACCGACGAUCUGAGCUCGCAGGGAACUCAGCCUGACAUUGGUAUGAAUAUUUAGUUUGCCCUGUAUUAUCGUCUCGUUGCCUUGUUACUAACUUGCCAUCGUAGAUCACACUGACGUCACUGAAAAUACCUCAACGCCCGGCUUAUCGACCUCGAACAUGUUUCUUAACGAGAGAUUCACAACGCAUCAUUCAAUGAUGCCGCAAGAAUACCAGACGAUGCCUAAUGAAGCACAGCGCGGCCAAAGGGCAACACCGGUGGCCUACAAAAUCUCGGCACCCCCUAUGAGUUUGCUGCUGGAGAGCGUGGGCACAAGGAAGAAAGAGAACAAGUGCCAUUGCUUGCGGCUCGCAGCCCACAUGCUGGAGCAGCUCGGAAAUGAAGCCGCCAACACGGAGGUGCCUAUCAUACUCAUGGACCGCCUGCUCAACCGCUGUCAGGAGGCCGUCAAAGGCUGUGGCGCCAUCUUGAAGUGCACUUAUUGCAAUUCGCGUUCGGAGAGCUUGAUGCUCCUGGCAAUGACCGGGCAAUAUCUAAGCGACAUCUGCAAAAUGAUUGUCCGCUGCUACAUUGAUUUUGCUCAACUGCGGCAUUCGCUCGAUAGUCCAUUUGCAGGAGGCCCUGCCAUCCGGUUCCAGUCAUACAAAGUCGAAAGCCGGCCGGAGCAAGUCCAAAUUCUAUGGCUACUGGUGAGGGGUCAGCUCACAGAGGUCUAUCAGCUGAUUCGUCAAGUCAAAUCGAAAGUUGGGGUGAAAAAGUCACAUCUGGCACCACUCCUCCGCGCAGAAAGAAAGGUUCAGCGCUUGAAAGCCUUACUGAUAAAGUUGGACAGUAGGCGUUCCGUGAGUGAUGAUGUACCCUUUGAGAUGGGUUAACCACAAUGAAUUUGCCAAUCGCGAAACAUGCCCAAUAUGGAUAUAUGUUGUCACGCAGUGCCUUCUACGGGUAGGAAAAGAUCAUAGGAAAACGGCUUGCCUAGCUACGUGUGGUGUGGUGAAUCCAACCCGUAAAUAUAUCCAUUCUACGGGUGGGUCGGGCCGGUGGAGCCGGACUACAGAUGUUCCGGCUCCGCCCCAAGACUCCGCGAUGUCGUGAGGGCAUCGCGACAUAUAUUGUGAGAGCAGCAAAGUGAGGCAAUACCGUUGUAUGGGCGAUAACUGUG